AAUAUCAAUUAAAAUUGAAUACUGUAUUUUCUUCAAUUAGCGUGGUAGUAACGUAGGAAAGAUGGACGCCCUGACGUUUGGCUCUCACAGGCUAGUUCAUUUAGAUCUCAAGGGUGCCCCGCCGCGAGUCUGUUAUUUCGAAAAGUUGUUCCCAUUAUUAAGAACAUGGGGUGCAACUGGGCUCUUACUAGAGUGGGAAGACACAUUCCCAUACAAUCGGGAGCUUUCUCACAUAGGAAGCAAUGGAUUAAGCAGUCUAAUCAGUGGAUAUACGGUACAAGAGGCUAGACACAUUCUACAAAUCGCAGGGGAUUGUGGUUUAGCAGUUGUCCCAUUAGUACAAACAUUUGGUCACAUGGAGUUUGUUUUGAAACACGAUGAAUGGAGAUCCUUGAGAGAAGUGGAGCACUUCCCAAGCUCAAUUUGUCCGUCUAAUCCAAGAACAUUGUCUUUGGUAAAGAACUUGAUUCGACAAAUAGUUAAUUUUCAUCCAGAUAUACAAUAUUUGCACAUUGGUGCAGACGAAGUUUGGCAUUUAGGUCUUUGCUCAGUUUGUAUAAAACGUGCUGCCUCUAGUAAAUAUGGAAAACCGUCUCUGUACCUGGAACACGUUUUGGCUAUUGCACAAUAUGUACAAGAAACAUAUCCAUACUUAAAGAUUAUCAUAUGGGAUGAUAUGUUAAGAUCGAUAGAUUUACAAGUUUUGAACGAUCAUUACAUUGGGAAGUAUGUGGAACCUAUGAUUUGGCACUAUAAUCCUAGAGAUAAUUUUUCUCUACCUCAUGAACUUUGGGACAAGUAUACUGCAAUUUUUCCCCAUAUUUGGGCGGCUACUGCAUUUAAAGGUGCUACUGGAUCUUCUCAGCAUGUACCAAUUAUAAGGCAUCAUAUAAGCAAUCAUGAAAAGUGGUUAGAGGAAUUAAGUAUACAUGUGAAUAAAGUUCAUGAAUUUCGAGGAGCAGUAUUCACUGGGUGGUCAAGGUAUGAUCACUAUGCAACAUUCUGCGAAUUAUUACCUACUGCAAUACCAUCGUUGGCAUUAUGCUUAAAAGUCUGGCUUCAUGGUUAUUCUGAACAAAUUCAUAAUCAAGUGGCUAAAAAUUUAGGGUAUAUAGAUCAUCCUUUGCACAUAACGCCACAGCCUAGACCUGCUCCAAUUCCCAGCAACCUACUUUUCCCUGGAUGGCAAGUUGCAGUGGGAGUAGAAUGGUUUUUAAAUUUCCGAACUAAAUUUCAUAAUAUUGUUUCUAGUGAACAAAUAUCCACGUGGAUGAAUCCAUGGCAAAUCGCAAAUAAUUAUACAAAUCCUAUGCAGUUAGAAAAUUUAGUACCCGCUUUUACGGAACUUCUAUUAGAAUUAUCUUCCUUAGAGGGAUAUUUAAGAUUUCAAAUGGAAAGUAUUUUCUUUCCAUCAAUGAUCGAUGAAUGGAUAGGUACAAAUAUUCAGCCCAUGAAAGGGAAACUUGUGGAAUUAAAACAAACUACAGAGAAUCAAAUCAAAAUAAACAGUCGAGUUUAA